CACACAGCGAUGUCUCCCUGUCACCCGGGAGCAGAGGGCGGAGACCAGAGGGGAGGAGCGCGGGGACCUCACGGUGCAGAGCGGAAGCCGGGGUGGAACGCAGAGGGCGCAAAUCAGGUGGACCGCAGAGGCCGGAAGUCAAGUGGAACGCACAGGCCGGAAGCCGGGAGGGGGGAAUAUAUUGAGGAAACAAGGAUCUGUACGAGGACACGAUGGAGAAUCACUGUCUCCUCACAUCACUGGAUGGAUCCAGUAACAGAGAUACCCCAGAUGCAUGUCUCCAUCCUCUAUAUUCUCAGGACCGUACACAGGAGAAUCACAGGAUUCCACAGGAGGAUCAGUGUGAAGAUCUGAUUCAUUUUAAACUAGAAGAUAUAGAGGGAGAAGAAAAGAUGUAUCUGAAUAUUAUAAAGGUAGAAAAUACAGAGGGAGAGGAAGAGAUGUAUGUGACUGACACCAAGGCAGAAGAUAUAGAUGGAGAAGAAAAGAUGUAUGUGAGGGGUGAUCAGCAGUGUAAGGAGGAGGAAAUCCCUACAGAUAUCAGCACAGCAGAUGGAUGUAACAGAAGAAAUAUAUGGCAGGAGCAUCUCCUUUUAUCUCCAGACUGUGACAUAGAAGAUAACAUCACAAGAUAUUCUCCAGCAGAAACUCCUAUUACCUCUGUUAUGCAUCCAGGUCUUCACAGUACAGAUCUGUCAUCUGACCCCACUUAUCAUGAGGAAUGGUCUGAUAGAGUAGAUACCAAAUGCUUUAUACAGGAUACAAAGUCUAUUACCCAUCAGCCAGCUAAGACAUUUCCAUGCUCUGAGUGUGGGAAAUGUUUUACACAAAAAUCAUAUCUUGUUAUACAUGAGAGAAGUCACACAGGUGAGAAGCCAUUUCCAUGUUCUGAGUGUGGAAAAUGUUUUACACAGAAGUCAUGUCUCGUUUUACAUGCGAGAACUCACACAGGUGAGAAGCCAUUUCCAUGUUCUGAGUGUGGAAAAUGUUUUACACAGAAAUCAGAUCUUGUUAAACAUGAGAGAACUCACACAGGUGAGAAACCAUUUUCAUGUUCCGAGUGUGGGAAAAGUUAUGCACAGAGAUCAGAUCUUGUUAAACAUGAGAGAAGUCACACAGGUGAGAAGCCAUUUCGAUGUUCUGAGUGUGGGAAAUGUUAUUCAGAGAAAUCAUACCUUGUUGUACAUAUGAGAAGUCACACAGGUGAGAAACUAUUUUCAUGUUCUGACUGUGGGAAGCGUUUCACAAAGAAAUCACAUCUUGUUACACAUGAGAAACGUCACACAGGUGAGAAACCAUUUUCAUGUUCUGAGUGUGGGAAAUGUUUUACAGAGAAAUCAGGUCUUGUUAGACAUGAGAGAAGUCACACAGGUGAGAAAUUAUUUUCAUGUUCUGAGUGUGGGAAAAGUUAUGCACAGAAAUCAUAUCUUGUUAUACAUAUGAGAAGUCACACAGGUGAGAAACUAUUUUCAUGUUCUGACUGUGGGAAGUGUUUCACACAGAAAUCACAUCUUGUUACACAUGAGAGAAGUCACAGAGGUGAGAGACCAUUUCCAUGUUCUGAGUGUGGGAAAUGUUAUGGACAGAAAUCAUAUCUUGUUAGACAUGAGAGAAGUCACACAGGUGAGAAGACAUUUUCAUGUUCUGACUGAGAGAAAUAAUAGAAAUUAAUUAUUACAGAGUAAAAAUGGAUUAAAGUUCACAAUGGCGCUCCUACUGGAACAGUGGCAGCCUAGGUAUACUUCAGGUGAAUCCUCACUCACCAAACAUAUACAAAAUUUACAAUACAUAGUCAACCUUUGGCAGCUCCAGCAAAUCACUGUUUACCCAAUAUACCAAGUACUCCUAGUGUUCACUCUAGGCUGUUUUAGCAGGGCGCCUGCCCGAUUUUAUUAAGGCAAAACCCGCCCUGCCCUUUCUGCGGCGCCCUGCUAAACAGCCUACCCGCUUACUGCUCUCCCAGCGUGUAUAGAUGCCAUGCGCACAACAUCCAUUCACGCAACGGGAGAGCGCUUGGGGGAAGCUCAGCGCCUCCGUAGGUGCUAGGCACGCCCCCUUUAGUGAUGCCACCCACGCCACCUUUUGUGAUGUCGCCAGCUCCCUUUAGUGAUGCCGCCAGCCACCCACGCCCCCUUUAGUGAUGCCACCAGCCACCCACGCCCCCUUUAGUGACGCCGCCGCCCGCCCACGCCCCCUUAAGUGACACCGUCAGACGCGUGCACAAGUGCCCUCACAGACCAUCGCCCUGCCCUAAAAAAUUCCUAGGGGGAACACUAAUUCCAAUUUCUGGAGUGCAGCACAGGGAAAAGAAUAUAAAUCAAAAUAAAGUUCUUUCCCUAAAAAC